AUGGACGUGAAGGGAGCUUUUGACGCAGUAUUACCAGGACGACUAGUGAACCGCCUUCGGGAACAAGGAUGGCCAAACAAAUUGGUUAAAUGGGUACAGUCCUUUGCCACCAAUCGUUACAUCAAGAUCCGACUGGACGGCGAGAUCGGCCCAAAAACAAAGCUAGAAUGCGGCCUUCCCCAAGGCUCUCCAAUCUCCCCGAUCCUGUUUAUACUCUAUAUUACACCCCCUUUUCUGGAUGAGCAAUCUACAAAAAAGAUUUCGGUACACACUGGUUCCCUGAACAUCGAGGUGAAACCUGGUCUGCUCAGAUAG